GAAACACUGUCGACGUUCGUGUCAUUGCGAGUUCGAUUCGACAGUAUACCGCUGUACAUGGGAAUACCUGCUUAUAACUUCGGAAACCAUCGCACCUGAACAGCCAAUGAGAUGCGGAGGACGGUAAUACAGAUAGCGCUGUGUCUGUUAGCGGUUUCACUAACGCACGGUGGGCCAUUCAACUGCUUACGAGCGAGCCAAAGUUGUCCUGCUGGCGCCACGUGUAGACCUGACGGCAAGUGUCAGUGUCCGUCAACACUCGAGGGAGAUGACUGUUCCAUAGUGAUAGCUGCCAAGGGUGGCCGAGCGUGUCGUCGAAUAAGGUGCAGGAACGGUGGGGUGUGUGUGAGGAGGGGCAGCGGGGCGGGGUGCGCGUGCACCGUCGACUACUAUGGGGUGGACUGUUCCUUCAAACGAUACAACGUCCUUUGUCAAGAUCAGGAAAUACUCUUCAACAUUAAUCCAGUCGGAACAUUCCAUGGGAGCGCUUUCCUGGAAAACAUGGAGCAUAAGUCUCAGUGCCGAGGGUUUCCGAUUUCGGACGAGGGUGUCGACGGAAUUCCCGAAUCGUGGGAGGGCUACGUUGUCCGGAUUCCUCAUAACAGCAUCCAUUGUGGAAGCAUUAUCGCCAGACCAUCACAGAGCGGUGACAGGUAUGUGUUCGAAAGGAAAAUAAUGGUCAGGUACGAAGAUUCGAUAAUUACUACAUAUGACGAUGUGUUCUUAGGAUUCUGUGAAGUGAGAAACCAGGUCGUAGUGAGAAGCAGAAAUAUCAGAGUGAAAGAUGACGAUCACACAGGGGGUGCGUCACUCCACCAGGGGUCAGCUGUUGUUGUCGCCGUCUGCGUGGUCGCCGCUGUCUGGAGACAGGGAUUCGACAGCUGGAUAAUAUUAUAAUCAUUCACGCAACACUGCACAUCUUGCGAUGGAAGCUCUUGUUUUGUUUUUUUAAGGUUACACUCCACCAUUAAUUACUCCAUGCAUAAUUACUGUGUGAGAACAUAUUCUGAGAAAAAUAUAACACUGUUAUAGCCAUGUUAGAGCCACGUGUCUACUAAUUUUAGGGUGUUUUCUCAACUGACAAUACCGUGUAUAAAAACCCAACAUACGUCGAUCACGAACUUUUCCAAUUGAUAUCCCUCAUGCCUCAUGACCGCCUCGUGUUGCUGUUAUACAAGUGGCACCAUACCACUUGCACAGUUGUUAUCAGUGAAUGUACUGCAUAUAACAACUAACUUCAAACCAAUGGGUUACUUACAUACUACAGAGGUCAACAUAGGUGUAAUCAUCAAAGAAAGAUUUCAAAAAGCUUAAUUUAAAAAAAAAAAAAAAAAAAAUUGGGGGGGGGGGGGAGGGGGGUGUUAUGAGGAAUUAUUUCCCAAACCAACCACAACAAGCAACUACAUGCCAAAUGGUGGUGUGUGGCUUUGAAGAUUGAGCGAUGAAGUUGUGUUUUGCUUCCCAGUCUAACACCAGUAGCGUGUAUUGCGUCACUGUUUGUCACCCAGUCACUGUUUGUCACCCGGGUGACAAACCGUGCAGGCACUGAUACACGAAUUGUCACCCAAGCGAGGCUGACAUAUUGUGUAGCGAUCGUACUUUUUUCGUAGAUCAGGGGCUGGUUUUACAAAGCGAUCUUAACGCUACGAUCACCAUAAAUGCACAAGGCGUUAAGAUCGCUUCGUGAAAUGGGGCCCAGAAACAUAAGCGUACGAGACGAGCAACUCUUCAAAAUUGGGCAAAAAAGAUAGAGAUAUUCGGGCACAUUGAGCUUGCCUGAAACCGUUUCACUAUGUGCUUCCAUCAUUCUACCCCCCAAUAUUCGUUUAACUCUGUGUACCCCAAUGCGUAGUGUUUCGAUUGCAAUCGUAUACAGCUGUUUGGCAGUAAUGCUAAUAUCAGUAAAUGCUGGUAUCUACAUUCGGGCAUAUUUGUUUAAUUCAGGCAAAAAUAAGCCUAAACCCACCCCUAUUCCCCUACAAAAAUGGGAGCCCGUACGCCUAUGAUCAUAAAAAUCAACUGACAGAUCGUAUUAGGGUGACACAUAGUGACGCAACAGCGUUUUCAGGAGGUCGAAUGCUCGCGGAAAAUUUGACUGGUACCAUUGUUUUCUAUCAUAUCAAAUUGAUUUAACAUUAGGCGCAAAAAAAAAAAAAAAAAAAAACCCAACCCAGUCUAGCAAGCGAUCGCGAUCGAUCGUCCUCCUGAACAUGCCCCAGCUACCGUUCAGGCUUAAUUAAACACGGUGCUAACUUUAUCAGCUGGUUUGUAUCAUAUAUAGUUAUUUAAAAAAAAAAAGAGUUGGCCCUAGUAAUUAGCAAUGCAUUUGGCUUUUAUUGUAUGUUUUAUAAUCAUCCUGCACAAUACUAGUUUUGACAUUUCCAAUGUAUUUUUGGUUGUCCUGGGCGCUAAAAUAACAUUAAGUGCACCAGAUAGUUAUGCACUUAAGGUGAUCUUAACGCUAAGUUCGCAACGUAAAACGAGCUCUAUUAACCCAGUCUUAGACACAUCCACUGGAGAAUCUCAGAUGAUGUGCCCAAGAUAGUCGUGACUGAACUUUCAGUGGAUGUCAGCACGAGCUCCCUUUUUUCAAGUUUGUUUGUAUUGAAUUUCGAGAUAGCGAGAAAAACAGAUGGGAGAGUUUAGUGAAUUAAUUGUAUGCGAAAUAAAAAUGUACGUAUCAGGAAAACUGGGGGUCAGCAACCUUAUUAAACCUAUAUAUAACAGAUGUAUCAAUACGACGUAUUUGUCUUCAUUUUAACUCACAGUGGAAAUUUUAUUAAAGAAAACAAUAUC